AUGGCACCGUCAUACCCCCUAACGGGGAAGCUCGCAUCUGCAGCGAGAACAAAGGGUGGCUUUGUUAAAAAGCCGCAAUCUCCCAAUUUGGGAGAUAACCUAAACACUGCAUCAUCGGAUGAUGACGAAGACCUGCCACAUAUUGGUAGGACCUCAGGGACAAACCCUGAGGAUCCCAAAAACUUACAUGGAGUAAAUGCGGGGAACAACACCCUUAGAACCCCAUGUGCUAACAUGAUCUCUCCUAGAAAGAGAGAGUUCUCACCACUGGGUGAGGAGGCAAACAUGCGCACACGUAAGCGCGCGGCUGCCACACUAACAGCCUUAAGGGCUGGGUCAGACACGCCAAAAGAAGUCCCUGAGCCCCACUAUCCUCAGGGAACCUCUCACUUGGUGCAAGACACUGACAAAAACAGCAGUAACUCCUGCUGGUGCAGGGGGCCGUUUGUGGCCCCAAGCAAUGUGGAAAAACUAUCCACAUCGUCUCAAGUCACCCGCAUGACAUCCAGCUUGCAAGAUUGCAGCAAGCCGGUUUACUCCCAAGUCUAUUUGACUGGGAGUUACACAAAACCAUCAAACGAUCACUCCCACUGGCACAGGGAGCCAUUUUUGAUCCCAAAAAAUGUGGAAAAAUCUUUCACAUGUCCAGCAUCGUCUCGCAUUAAACGCGAGAUGUCCAGAUUGCAAUAUAGCAGCAAUCUGGUUCACUCCCCAGUCGAUGCGACUGGAAGUUGUCAGAAACAACCAAAUGACCAUUCCUGCUGGUGCAGGGAGCCGUUUGGAGUUCCAAAAAAUGUGGAAAAAUCGUCCACAUCUACGGAAUCGUCUCGCGUCAGCCACGAGACGUCCAGCUUGCGAUAUAGCAGCAAGCCGGUUCACUCCCCAGUCUAUGCGACGGGUAGUUGUGCAAAUCGAUCAAACGACAACUCCUGCCAGCACAGGGAGCCAUUUGUGAUCGCAAAAAAUGUGGAAAAAACUUCCACAUUGUCUACAUCGUCUCACAUUAACUGUGAGACGUCCAGCCCGCAAAAUCGCAGCAUGCUGGUUCACUCCCCAGCCUAUAUGACUGGGAAUCGUGCAAAACAAUCGAACAACAACUCCUGCUUGCACAGGGAGCCAUCUUUGAUUGCAAAAAAUGUGGAAAAAACCUCCACAUCGUCGUUACCGUCUUGCAACUAUAGUGAGACAUCCAGCUCGCCGCCUAGGCAUGAGCCGGUUCAAACCCCAGUCUAUAAGACUGGGAAUCAUCAAAAACCCUCAUGGGACGACCCCCACUUGUGCAGGGAGCCAGUCCUGAGUGGAGGAAAUGUGGAAAAAACUUCCACACCACGGACACCAUCUCACAACCACUGUGAGACACUCAGCGCUCUGUCUGAGAACGAGUGUACACACUCCAACAUGGAUAUAAAGGCCAUGUCAUCCAGAUCGACACAGACUCACAGGUUGAGCUCGCUUCCAGACUGCCCUCAGAUGGCCUCGGACCCAGCGUGGACACAGCAAAGGGACCAGGUGCAGGAGGAUGGGGAAGCUCCCCAAAGUCGAUUGUCCGAGAAACUUCUGGACUUCUUCCAGGUCCCAUCUGAAUGGAGGACAGGAAGUGAUGAAGAACUCCUUCUCAGGCUAAAGGCCCGAGAAAUAAUAGGAGAAAAGGUCAAGGGCAGAUGCUCAGAGAGCACAGAGGCUCAGGGGAAGCCACUACUGCCAAGGCCGAACCCGAAACUUUUGCCAAAAAAAGCGAAGUCACCAACUUUGGAUGAGGUCACCGAAGUCUGUAGGAGUGCAAUGCAGAAGAAGGAGCCUAGUAAGGAGAACCCACAAAUGAGCGGGCAACCAUCAACACCAGGCCCCAUCCUAGGCAAUAAAUGGCCCUCCUCGGUCACUUCACCCAGGCAAAGGAUAAGUGGAAGUAACCUUCCGAAAAACCCCUCCAGUAAUGCUGGAGAGAACCAAACAAACCCUUGUGAAAACUUCACAAGGAAAACUUCCAGCAAAACAUUGCUGGAGGAUAACGGGCACCUCGAAAGAUGGUACCACAAGGCCACACGGAUGGCCGAACUUCUAACUUUCACCCCGCACAUAGACAGGGUGAAGUGGGACUGGUUAAAUAACGGUCCUACUCGACUCCCUGACACGAAGUGGUCAGGCGAAAACGAUACAGAAAUUUUCUGGCAGUGGUACACCACACUGCUAGGAUUCCUCACAUCACGAGGAUAUAGAGGCGCACACUAUGAUGAAAUCCAUCUGAAUUGUCUCAUCGGUGGAUUGGCAGAGCCUGCACUCUCACACGGACUAAAACUCCGUGAAGAAGCCCUCCUUAGAGAUAAAGGGGGGAAAUUUCUUGAAGUUCUCGAUACUCUAAUGAGGACAUAUAUCAAGGAGCCCGCCACAUUGAAGGUGACGGAAAAAUACUGCAAUGUAAAGUACAAUGCAGGAAAAGGACCCAGACAGUCCUACCCAGAACCAUCACUUAAUGCUAGGUUUCUGGAAAACAUCCUCCCUGAAUGCAAGGAGGAAAUAAUCAGAAUGGGAUUCUCCUCUUUCGAGGAGAUGUUCAGAACAACAUCUCGCAUGGACGAGAUGAAAAACAGGCUGAGGAUAGCUCCAGCCUACAGGCCAGAAUGCUAUGCCAGACCUGAAACCACCGCGACCACAAAUCGCGAAAAGCCCAACCAGGUGGGAAAGGAGAAACACGCAGAGGCAAGAGCCAAUGUGCAAGAUCCUAAACCCAAAUGGAAAGGCGAAUCCUCCCUGAAGCAGUUAGGGAACACCGACCAAAGGCCGGUACAAGUAUGCAAUAAUUGCAGAAUACCAGAGCGGGCAAAGAGCCGCCCUGAGCACCAGUUAGUAGGAGACAGAAACCCAAGGCACAGGAUCGCCAGGGAAGUCGACUACAAAACAGAAGGUGAAGUUGGAGACAACUCCGACGAAGAAGAACCGGAGAAUAUCUCUGAUGAUUUCAAAGUGGAGGACACCUCCAAUGACUUCGAACCAGAGGACCCAAACAAGGGACCUCACUACUCACCCAGAAGAAAGGGCGAGGACAUCAGUGUUGGGACCAUAAUAAUGGCCCCAAGAUCCGACGUCAUUGAAAACAAUGACGGAAAAAAUACACUAAAACUGGCGAUAAGCCAGACCAAAAAAAGAACUACCAACUCUUUGGUGACGACACCAAAGAGGGAUUCCCCUGAGGAAAGUCACUCAGAAGACAACACCCCCGAGAAAAAAACCUCGGAGGGAGACCCACUGAAGGAGGACCCUUCGGAAGAAACCACCCCGGAGUCUCCAGAAGAAGACGAGCUCUGGGUGGAGUUUAUACUCGGCUGGCUAGCAGCCACAAUCCGCCCUCUCCCCAGUAGAAAUACUGGGCUGCAUCACGCACGAUUGGCCGACAAGGCCAAUCAGCCCUCCUCAUACUUGAAGGAGGACCAAGAAUUGGCAGAUAAGAUCAAGUAG